AUGGAGCCGACACGCAAAAAAUUCCUGGCAAAGGUGUUAUCCUCGCCAGGGGCGAAAGCGGAGGAGAACACGGGCCCGUUGGGUAUAGUGACACUCAACGACCCACCACCUACGAGUGCUCUUGUCGACAUCGUUUUUAUUCACGGCCUUGGUGGAGGCAGUGUCAAAAGUCAAGACAUGGACUGUUUUGAACGAUCCCAACAAUUUUUGGCCGAAAGCUUGGUUACCAAACGACAAUGCCUUCGACAGCGUGCGAUUUCACGCCUUCGGCUAUAA